AACAACACUCGGCGGUCUAUUCAAAGCGGAAGGGGAGACGCGUUGACAUGGAUUUCAGCAAACAAAACCGUCAGACUGCCGAUUGUGCCUGCCCUAAACCUACCUGCCUUUAAAUAAACGACGAUUACAUGAAUUGUCACGAUAACGUUAGUACCAGUAUCAGUUCUAACGCGAACUACAUUUGUUUUUACGCUAAGCUAGUUAAGUAAUCAUCGAGCCAACGCAACCCGUGAGUCAGAUCGCUGGGUUAAGAUAAAAAGGAUUAGGAUAGAAGGAUAAAAGAAACUCCAGGUAUGAAAAGAAAAACGACAAAAGUGAGCCGUGUCCGAUUGAGCCCGAACGAAGAAGCACAUUUUGUGCGAGAAGAGCUAGACAGGAGGAGGAAACUGAGAGUACAACAAGUGAGGGAACAGGAGCGGUACAUUGCGCUGCAGAUCCGCCAUGAAGUGCGGGAGAGGAAGGAGAAAGAGCUGCAGAAUGUCGCUGCAACGCUGCGGGAUGAGUGGCAGCAGCAGCGGAAAGAGAAGAUAGAAACUCUGGAGAAACUUCACGGCGACAGCCUCCGGGCUGUGGGCCAGGGCUACCGUAAUGCUAAACAGAGCGAGCCAGAUUGGGAUGCUUUGGCCCGAAAAAGGAAAGAGAACAUGGAGCAAGCAGCAGGGAGGCAUCAGCAGGCGCUCAGAGUCCUCGCCUGCCAAAGGCAGAGUGAAGAAGACCAGCGUACUCGGCACAUUGAAGCUCGAAAGAAAGCUCUAAUUGUAGAGAAGAAGAGGGCAAUGAAGAUCGCCAACCUUCCUCAACCUGUCCCUAACCCUAUAGAGAGUAUUGGGACUCAGACUCCUCCAACACCCAGUAUGGCCUACGUAGAACGUUUUUCCAUCACAUACUGUCAUGUUCCAGAGACAGCAGUGGACAGAGAAAUGGAGACUGAGCAGUCAGAUGCUCAGCAGGCAGCAAAGCUGGAGGCUCAGCGACUGAAAGAGUUGGAGAGGGAGGAAGUGCAUGAUAGGCAGGAGCAACUUGAAAAGGCACGGCUUAGAGGAGGUCAUGCACUCCAGAAGGAAAAAGUUAUUCAGGACAAUGCCAGGUUGCUGUGUGAGUUAGAGAGAUUGCAGCAGGCUGAUUUGCAGCAGCGGAGACAGGUUGUGAACAGCAUACCAGCACAGAUUUUCCAACCGCUCUACAGACAUGACGAGCUAAGAGCUGAGAAGCAGAGAGAGCUGGAGUUAGCCUUCCAGGACCUGUACAGUGGAGAGAGAGAGGUGAGAGGUGACUUAAUACUUAAGCCUGUGCCGGAGCCUCUUCCUGCACCAUCUGCUAGAAGUAAUGAUGAGGACCUGGAUGUGACCCUUGACCCUGAAGCCACUCCUUGCGAGGAGGCAGGGGAAGGGGAAGAGUCUGCUGCCCCUCCCAGUCAGCGUGUAGUGAACUCUGCACAGCCAACCCUACAGAGGCUGCUUGAGCGCAUCAGAAGGCAGAGAGAGCAGAGGAGUUGUCGACAAUUUCCAGCAGGGCGAGGAAAAGCUGUGCUUGAGAAUACAAGCAUUGAAACAGGAUCUCUGAGCAACCAGGAGUGGGAGCAUGCACCCAGCUCGGAACAGGACACGUCUGAUGCAUUAUACAGGACUGACUCCAAGUUGAGUGUGGAAUCUAGCAUGGAGGAGUCCAUACCUCGUCUAGAAGAGCAGUUCACAGAGAACUCGAGAAAAAUGCAGGAAAAAGUGUUUGCUCCUGUGUCAGAUAGUUCACAAUCCCAGAGACUCUGGAACUAUCAGCAGAGACUCCUUGUACAGAACAGACUUAAAAAGAAAUGUGUUGAAGAUGCCCGAAGGCAACUGGAGGAAUACCAAAAGAAAUUGCAAUUAUGUUGUUCCAUGAAAGCAACACAAACACAGGAACCUCCUCUAACUGAGGAAACUUGCUGUGUGCCCUCUUUUGCUGAUGGAGAACACUCAUCUGCAUUCACACGGACACUGGUUGCUAAUGCUGACUUCCCCAUCCCUCUUUAUACUCCAACAGUGGACAUUACACAAAGUCACCAUGACCUUACACCCACUGAGUCUCAGACCCAUGCUGACCCAGUAUUGUUCAGCCAGCCCUCUGGACAAACUACCGGCAGUGCCCUUGCCACAAUGUCCAGUGUUCCUAGCCCUGCCAUAACCACAUAUGCCUGUACGCCCAGAGAAGUUUUAAAUACACACUCCUUUAUUCCAGAGCAGUCUCUGAGUCUCAGCUUUAUUCAGCCCGCUGUGUCUGCACUCUCUACAUCUCAUACAAUGCAGGACUGCAGCAUGGCACUGGUUCCACUGCCAGAAGCCAGCUCCUUGUCAGAGAGGAGGUGUAGAGAUGGUCCUUUUGACAUGGGAGAGAAUGCUCUACCUUCUGUUGUUCUGGAGCGCUUGUUGAGCUGCACCCACCACAAACCUCCUGCACUAGUCCCUCCACAAUUCCCUGAAGUCAAAGUGCCUCUAGUGGGAAGGCCUCCUGCAGUGGUCCCAAGCUCUGGGCAGACGUCUACAAGGCCUGGGCAAGAAGAGGUUAUGCAGAAUCACCUAUGCAUGGUCCAAGAGAUGGAGAAAAAUCAGUCAGUUAGAGAGCAGAUGAGGAAGCAAAGAAGUACUCUGGAGGCUUUACUCAGAGAAGAGCACACAGAGGAAUCAUUCGACUUGUCAGACGUGCCGGCCAGUCGUCUUACUCUUAUGGAAACCCUGUUGAAAGCAACUGAGGAAAGUAACACACUGUGUCCAUACUUUACACCUCUAAUUCCCCUGCUUGAGCCCAAUGAACUGUGUGUAUGUGAGUCAGGGAGUGGUGCACAAAUUAGACCACCGAUAUCUCGCCCACCUCGCAUGGUCCAAAUCCAUCUGCAGGACUUGCAGCCACAUGAACUCAGUACCAUCCAAGAAGUGGACACACCAGCCAAUGCUACUCAGAAUACAGUGUCAGAGGAUAGCCUAGGGCCAGGCUCUAGCUCAGAGGUCCUGAUGUUGCAGAACAACACAUGCAGAGCCAGCAGACCAUCAUGGAGAGAGACACUGCAGCUGGAAUCAGCAGAUUCCCACACAGGUGAAUGUCCCAUAGAACAGCAGCAUGUAGAGAAGCUGCAACUGGCCUCACUGCAUGAUACCGAUUAUAUGAUGUCCACUACCAUCUCAACUGGCAGCUUUUCCACCAGUGAACAUGACAACAGCCAAACCGUGAACGGAGGCAGUGUCUCAGUCGUGGCUGCAGGGGAAAGUACAGUUCUGAACUUUAACCCUGGUGCCAAAACAAUGCAACAGUUGCUGUCCACACAGUGCCCAAUGGAGUACAGGGAUUCCUUCAGUACCACUCUACAAGAUACCUUUCAGCCUCUGUCUCCUGAGGUCACAUUCAACAGCAUGUCAGAAUGUCCCACGAACCUGCACCUCCCUGUGGAGGCGGGACUCUGUUGUCCCCCUGUGGGAGAUUCCACCACUGAUCCAGCUGCUUCUCAAUGGCUGGACAAAACGGACCCUUCCCUCGAGUCAGAUUGCUUGAACCCCCUUGAGUAUCUUCGAUCUGAUGCCCAGUCCGAACAUUUGCAGAUGUCUAUGGAGCAAAUUGUCAUUUCGAAUGAUUCUUGUCAUGACAUAGAAAAAGUGUCAGAUGAUCAUUCAGCUUCUGGCCCAGCAGUUUACCAUCAGUGGGAAAGAGUACUGAAACUUGACCGUGAGAAAGGCAUCCUUGAGGAGUCUAUGAUCUCAUUGGUAAGUCUGUCAGAUACAACACUAGAAGAUGAUUAUCCCACUUGUAAAGAGGAAAAAGGUGGAGAGAAAGAAAUAAAAGAGAACCUGGAGAAGAGGUUGUCUGACACAAGAAACUGGAAGAUAAACUAAAAGCUCAUCAUAAUGAGAGAAAAGUGUCAGCAUCAGCAUAUGCAGGGGUACCUGUUUCUCACGCAGGUAAAAGCAAGCCUCAAGAAGUGCCUGUAUAAAAUUAAACGGACUAUGCUUUCCAAGUGAAGCAAACCACAGUGUCUUUCACGAAACUCUUGCCUUAUAUACUGAAUGCCCAACAUUGUAACAAACACUGAGCACCAUUGACACCUCUGGGCAGAUAUUUUCACAUAGAUUAUAUGCCCAACAAUAUUCAGUGAGUUUAAAGGGGUAAACUGGAUUUUUUUCCUAAACUGUAGACCUAAGAGAAGAGCUGUUAAAUGUGGAUUAUGAACUAUGAAAGACAGCAAUUCCACUCAAAUAUCAUAAACUGUGAUGAUGCCACUAUAUUUCUAACUGUUAUUGGAUGUUUUUAACCAUUUAACCUUUUUUAAAAUUGUUAUCAUAACAUCUUUGUGACCUGUUGCAUAGUUAUUACAUUUAUAGUUUAUUUAUAGUUAUUACAUUUACACUGUUUAGUAGCUAUACGGCUAUAGCUUCCUUUCUAGUUAGAAAGGAAGCUAUAGCCGUAUAGCUACUGAACAGUGUAAAUGUAAGAUUGCACAAGUUGUGGGACUGUACCAAUGCUGUGAUUUUUCCAAUGCUACUCUUUUACAUUAUUUUGUGCUUCAGUUUUGUUGCUGGUAUAGCACAAUGGGGAUCUGGACCAUUGGUCUUUAUCAGCAUGCAAAACAGAAGGAGUAUUGAGUUACUUUGAAAUGUGCAAAUUGAGCUAGUUUCUGAAUGAAUACCAUUCUAAUAAACAGGACAGUUAUUUUUUAAA